CUCCAGUUAAAUACCUCCACUCGUCUCACACUUGUCACACUUACUAUAAGCGCUGACACGUCAAACAGCGACAGCUUGAUGCCGAACAUCAACGAAGUUUUCCGAACGGCAUUUUACGAUUGUCUUUCACUGACGGCGGAGCAACUUCUUUUCAGAUCUGUCUCCCGCACACCUUGCUCAUGUGAAGGACAGUGCGGAUGCUCACACCAGAACUACCAACUCUUAACACCAUGGCGGCCGUAACUGUUCCCUGUGCCUUUGGCAACGCCACGACCACCUCGGAAGUCAGCACGGGGCAGGGAGAGCAUGUUAGCGGCAAAAAGGAGCCUGAACGCGGGAGCGACCAGAGGAAACGGGAGAGUAGGCUUGUGAGUCAAAACACUAUCCUGGAGAAAACCCAUGAGUUCUUCAAGGUUUGCGACAUUGAGAAAAAGGGCUUCAUCAACCGACAGGACAUGCAGCGGCUGCAUGGCGAACUCCCUCUCAAUGCAGACGAGUUGGAGAAAGUGUUUGACACACUUGAUUCUGACAGCAAUGGAUAUCUCACCCUCAAUGAGUUCUCCACUGGCUUUAGUGAAUUUCUGUAUGGCAGGAAGAUAUCUUUAACUGAAAACGUGGAGAAUAAACCACUUUGUACAAAGUCUUCAGAGGUUCUCUACCAAAAUCGGUGGGGAGAGAGCCCUGCAAUUUCAGAGGAUGAUGAGGAGAAACAUUUUUCCAUGCUAAUGGAGAGCCUAGGAGCCAACAAUGUCUUUGAAGAUCCAGCAGAGAUGCGUAGUUUGUGGGCCCAGCUACGCCGGGACGAACCACACCUUUUAUCCAAUUUUGAGGACUUCUUAGCAAGAGUGACAUCCCAGAUCAUCGUUGCGAACCAGGAGAAAAGGGACAUGGAGAGCGCUCUUAAAAGGAAAGCAGCUACACACGAUGAUGAGAUCCAGCGCCUUUAUGAGGAAAUGGAGCAGCAAAUCAAGAAUGAAAGAGAUCGCCUUGUGCUGCAGGACGACAAGAAGUUUGUGUCUCGCAGUCAAGACCUUGAGAAACAGCUUACCACCAAGGAGAAAGAGUUGGAGCAGCUUUUUCAGAAGCAGAGGAGGCUGGAGCAUCAGUGCAAGGAUCUUCACAAUGAGCAACAUGUGACCAAGGUGGAGAAUGUGAAGCUGAAGAAGACAAACGAUGAUCUCGCAAAGGAACUGGAUCACACCAGUCAAGAGCUGCUCUCGGCACAGGAACAGCUGGGUCUGCUUCACCAGCAGUACACCUGGGUCCAUGAAGAGAAGGAAAUGGAAAUCUACAGACUAACAGAGGGACUGCAGCGAGAGCGAGCAAGCCUUCUCAAACAGUUGGACCUGAUGAGGGAAAUGAACAAACAUUUGCGGGACGAAAAAGACAGUGUCUUUCAGAAACCAAACAAUUGUAUGAGAACAGGAUUCCAGCCAAAGUCUUUACCUAAUGUUGGGACAUACACUUACUUACCGUCUUGCCCAGAGAUAAUCAGAGGUUCCCUUCAGAGGAUCAUCUCCAUUGAGGAGGACCACCUGCCACACUUGCUGCAGCCCCAAUCGCCUCUUGAACCAUUUACUGAAGGAGAGGAAUCAACCGACCAGGAGGAUUGUAUAGACUUGGUGAUGAGCGAUAUUUACCCAUCUUCUGCUCAGCCGCAACGGUCAGAAGGAAUUGGAGAAACAAGUCAGAUUGCAACGUCUCUGAGGUGUCAACCUGUUGGCAAGGAGACUAGCAUAAAUGAGGAAGGUGAACCAUCACCGCCUGACCGCCUCUUCAAGAUUGUCCUGGUGGGGAACUCCAGUGUCGGAAAGACCUCCCUCCUGCGACGGUUUUGUGACGACUGCUUUCACCCUGACACCUCUGCCACUGUUGGUAUAGACUACUGUGUGAAGGCUAUAAUAGUCGACAACAGCCAGGUGGCGCUGCAGAUCUGGGAUACAGCGGGACAAGAAAGGUAUCGAAGCAUAACCAAACAAUUUUUCCGCAAAGCUGACGGUGUGGUUCUGAUGUACGACAUAACAGUUGAGCAGAGCUUCACGGCAGUCAGACACUGGCUGACAAGUGUCAAGGAAGGAGCUGGGGACAGCAUCGCUCUAAUGUUGUUGGGAAACAAAACUGACAUACAGAUUGAAAGACAAGUUCAGAAAUCAGUGGGUGAAAUGCUAGCAAAGGACUGUGAGAUGACUUUCUUUGAGUGCAGCGCACGCUCGGGACAUAAUGUAAUGGAGGCCAUGUUUCAUCUAGCCAGGAUCCUAAAAGACCAAGAGGACCGAGAGAAAGAGAAAUCUGUUCGGCUAGUAAACAGCUCUCUGGAGAAGAAGAAAUCCUGCUGCUAACAGAUAACAUACACACACACACACACACACAAUGUGUCAUUAUUGUUUUGUCAACACACCUGUUUCUAUAGGGCGCUCAUACACACGUACCAUAGAUUUGAUUACACUAUGAUCAACCCAAUUAUUUCCCAGAAAUUUUAUGUCAUCAGACAAUGAUGUAAAAUAACUAGAUGAAAUACUGGUUGACUUUAAUAUUUUUAAAGGUUUCCAAAAGUAAACUUUUAUCUAUCCACAUGCAAGCUUUUAACUAUGUAAUGUAUUUUUGUAAUGAUUUCGAGUAGGUUCUUGACAUGACUUGAUUGGUUUUUCAGUACACACAAUGUGUUGGACAUCAUAUUCGUAAAAUCAAUUAUUGUCAUUUUGUCUUGAGGUCACUUUUGUGUAUUUUAACUUCACAUUGUUUUGUAUGAUUUAGCAUAAAAUCAUAUAAGCAUAUAAUCCACUGGGUUCAUCAAAAUGCUGUCAUGAAAAAAAUGAGCAUUUACUGUGUGUCUAUUUUGUUUUAUAAUAUUUCAUGUUUCUGGCUUCUUCCUCAUGUUGUUUGUUUGCUAUGUUCACAUGGAUUAUUUGGUCAGAAGGAAAAUAAUAUUUUUCUUACGGCCAAAUUGGGUUGACUUGUAAAGAAAAAAUAUUUAUAUCAGAUGCACCUAAUCUCCUUACCAAGUAUGCGAUACACACAACAGUACAUCGUUUUCUUAUGUAAUGCCAAGUACGGUAAGUUGUGUCAUUUGUAUGUGAUUUUGAAGUUUGUUCUUCACUCGCUAUUGUCGGGUUACUACAGUCACUGUCCUGCACAUCACUUUAAUGUACAAAGUAGAUAUUUAAUUAGUGUAACAAAAAUAAAGUAUUGCUUGUUCAUAUCGUUGUAUAACUACAGUUAUUUGAUACCAAUGCCCAGUGGAUGGUUGUACACAUUGCAGUUUAUUCCAUUUUCAAGGUGUCAUUACAAGAUAUGAAACAUAUUACUUAUUUCAAAUCAAAAGUUAUAAUAAACAUGAAAAAAAAAGCCUGUUUAUUAAAAUGUUCCUGUAUGUCACAUUGCAAAAUUGUAAAGAAAUAAAUACAAAUGUUACUUGAAAUCAAUGAAAAAAGUUAAGAUAUGACUUCUAACAAUGUUCCUACAAUAUUUGUAGAAGCCAGAAAUCUGUGAAAAUACACAUGAUUAAAAAGCGAAUUCCUUUUAGAAAGCAGGUUUUUGCUUAAUAAUUGUUACUAUUAUUAGUCGCAUGCUUUAUAAAUGGUGUGUUUAAUCGACAGCACACCUUUUUGAGGCUUUAAAAUAAUCUAAAACCUCCUCGGAUAGAACAUCCUAAUCAUUCCCAGCAGGCACAAGACAUUAAAACAACGUUGAGAACUUGUUGAAUUGACGUUGAGCAACUCAAACAUAACGUUGAAACAACAUGCUUUUUGACAACGUUCAAUCAAUGUUUGGUUCUGACGUUCAUUUGACCAUUGAAUUUUUGGUCAUUUGCCAACCAAAAUUCUACAACACAAAUACAACGUUGAAACAACAUGCUUUUUGACUACGUUAAUUCAAUGUCAGGGUAUGACGUUGAUUUGACCUUUUGAAAUUUGGUUAUUUCCCAACCAAAGACGUGGAUCCAACGAUGGACAUCAACGUUGUCUAAAUUUACAAACACAACUAUUUUGCAACGUUGUUUCAAAGUCAGUUUUCAAGGACAUGUACGUAUAGUCAACGUCUUGUGCCUGCUGGGUUACCUUCCCAAAUAACUUAAAAGCAUAUUUAUAAAGCAAAAGCGUACAGUUAAGUGUCACUAAAUUGUUGUUUGGGGGGGUUCACAUUUCCAUUACUGUCACUCUUAACAGGUUUGACAUGGCUGACUAAAGCGUAUGACAACACACCAAAACAACACAAAGUAAAGUGUUUACAGAUUAAAACAAUUGUAAAUGCAGCAUUGCAGAAGGGAAUCAGGAACACUUGGGAUCUUGGUAAAGGCAUCAAUCAGGGAAUAAAGCCUCCUCAUUUGGAGAUCCAAUACAAGAGCUGUAAUUUAAAAAAAAAAGCAUUUAUAUGCCUAAAUAUAACAACAGUUUAUCCCAGCCAAUCGCAAUGGUUACGUUCGGUGGCCAGCUGUUAAAAGCGAAACUCAGCCAGUAAUCAAUUCGCCUAUACAAAAUCAUAUUUUUGACACACGGCUUCACUCUUCCUCCUCCAAACCUUUCUGCUGAUUUGACAUUCUCCUUAAAUUUUGUAGCAACAUUAAGAGGAACUAAAUGUGUUUUCUGCAGGGGAAAGAAAACUGCCUAUUUUGACUAAAGUUUUAAUGAAAAAUAAUGCUGCAAAUGCUGAAUUGCGAAUCUGCGGGUAUGUAUGGUACUUUGUUUAUUAUUAGUGUAGUUUCUAUGGUUGUCUUUCUAGGAAUAGUCGACAAUUUGAUUUGGAGUCUGACAGGAGGUGAGUUGAGUACCCGAGGCCUCUUGGGUCCAGUUGGUGUGCCGAAGUCGACCCCAAACUAUCCAACUUCUGCCGUUUUAGCCUUGUUGAGGUGGAACAAGUGCUAAUGAGAUUUUAUUUGUAGGGAUCCCCAUUGGCUGUGCUCUUUGCUAACAUACAAACAAAAAUGUUUUGCUCAUAACCCACUGAGCUAACAAAUCAUAUUAGACUAUGAAAACCAGGGAUGUCCGAUAAUGGCUUUUUGCCGAUAUCCGAUAUUGUCCAACUCUUUAAUUACCGAUACCGAUAUCAACCGAUAUAUACAGUCGUGGAAUUAACACAUUAUUAUGCCUAAUUUGGACAACCAAGUAUGGUGAAGAUAAGGUACUUUUAAAAAAAAAUUUAUAAAAUAAAAUAAGAUAAAUAAAUUAAAAACAUUUUCUUGAAUAAAAAAGAAAGUAAAACAAUAUAAAAACAGUUACAUAGAAACUAGUAAUUAAUGAAAAUUAGUAAAAUUAACUGUUAAAGGUUAGUACUAUUAGUGGACCAGCAGCACGCACAAUCAUGUGUGCUUACGAACUGUAUCCCUUGCAGACUGUAUUGAUAUAUAUUUAU